UAGCAGGAGAGAGGGAGGGAGAGAGGAAUAGAAAGAAGAGAAACAGAGAGACAGACGCGCAGCUGCUGCUGCCGCCGCCGCCGCCCGAGCGCUCCGGUCUCUCCGGGCUGCUCCCGCCGCCGCCGGAUGGAAGAAGCGGCCGCCACUCGCCCCUUCGCCUUCUUGCCCCCUCCUCGCGAGUAAGCCCCGCAGGGCGAGGAAGGAAGCGCGUGGGUUGCUAAAACGGGGCGAGGGCGAGUAGGAGCUGCCGCCGUCGCCGUCGCCGCCGCCAAGGAGCCGCCGGCUGCAACCGGGACUCGGAGCCAGCUUCCCCGCUGCCUGACUUAGGGGACCCCUCCCCGCUCUCCCCCAAAUCGCCGGGGCGGAGGGAGCGAGAAGGCGGGACACCCCCCCACCCCACCCAUCACCACUCUCCCUCCUUCCCCAGCGCCGGCCGUCACCCUCUCCAAUGCCAUCGCGGGCGCCGAGCCGGGCAGAGCGAUGGGGAAACUUCACUCCAAGCACGCUGCGGCUUGCAAACCUCGAGAAAGCCCCGAAGGUGAUAGCUUCGCCGUGAACGCCUCGCUGGUGCGGAAAGGGCUGGAGGAAUGGCCGGCGAACCCCAAAGGCUCUGAGGGCGGCGGCUUGGGGAUCCCGCAGGGCUGCCCCCAUCGGGCAUUUGGCAAGUGGUCCGGCCCCAGGGAGGCAGCUGGUGAAAUUUUCAGGGAGGCGCUUGAGAAUGAACAUUUUCAUCUCGAAGUUGCUCUGCCCCCGGAAAAGACAGAGGGAGCUUGCAGUGGUGAUGAAAAGAGAGCCGAAAAGGAAAUCGAUGGCCGCGCAAAUGCCAAGAAGCAGCUAAAAUUUGAGGAAUUGCAGUGUGAUGUAUCUGUUGAGGAAGACAACAGGCAAGAGUGGACCUUCACUCUCUACGAUUUUGACAACAAUGGCAGAGUCACUCGUGAGGAUAUUACAAGCCUGCUUCAUACCAUCUAUGAAGUUGUGGAUGCCUCUGUCAACCAUUCACCCAACUCUAGUAAAACUUUGAGAGUUAAGCUCACUGUUGCUCCAGAUGGUAGCCAGAAGAAGAGAAGCAUCAUGCUGAACCACACUGAUCUUCAAAGCUCAAGGCAUCGAGCAGAGAAUAAAGCUGGUGAAGAAGCAAGAAGUUGUGAGAAGAAGCCAAGGGGUUCCCUCAGGUAUCACCAUGGAGAAUCCAAGCCUGAACCGAAUGGAUGCUACCAUCACUGUGUUGAUGAAAACAUUGAAAGGAGGAACCACUAUUUAGAUCUUGCAGGAAUCGAAAACUACACAUCGAAGUUUGGGCCAGGCUCUCCACCGAUCACUCAGAAGCACAAUCCAACCGUUUGGGUUGCCAAUCAAACAAGAUCCCGUUCACAUGAGCCAGAGGUCUUCCAUGGCCACCAGCGGAGGUCCCCUGUGGUGGAUCCUGCCCAUAUCAACUUAAUGGAAGCUUCAUAUGCAAAGCUGGCAGAAAUUCAGCAGAGGCUGCGAAGUCAAGAGCCCAGCAGGCAUUUCGUGAAGUCUCCCAAGACUCAGAGCAAAAACACUGCUUCUAUUCACACCGGAAGGGCGAUGAGAAGUAAACCCAUCCAAGGAGUACCGGUUCCCGUGACUUCUCCUACUGCACGGGGAGGCCAGAACCUACCUUACCACCCCAUGCAGUCUCAGCAGACUUACAAGAAACAUAAGCAGAGGGCAAAAGAGACUCACCAGUUGUGCAAAAGCUUCCAAGCUCCCGGGAGAGUGAUGGAAAAAGAGCACGUCAGAGAUCUGCCUGCGGUCAUCUUGUAUGAAGGCCAAGUUGGGCAGAUGAUCCAGAGACAUGAGCAUCACCAUCAUCAUGAGCACCACCACCACUACCACCACUUCUACCAGACAUGAAAUGGACUCCUACCUUCUCCACCUCUUGGGAAAUUCUCCCACACAUGAAGGAAGGCAUGUUGUGGCCUCUUGGGGAAAAGAUUGGUGUUGUCCUUAUUCGUGUUAGUAUUGUUGCUAUAACACAGGGGUGUCAAACUCGAG